AUGGCUAGCGAGCAGUUGAUUCAGUGCAUGGCAUACCUUGGUCUUAAAUCACCGUUUUCAUCCUCAACGCCAACACCCCCGGUCGCAUCGCAUCCGCCGUCUCGUCUUCCAUCUGCCAUCACAUCUUUCUUCGAUCAUGUCUUUCCCGCUGAACGCAUGCCCAGCCGAAAGAUCAUUGUAUAUACUAUGGGCGGUAUCAUAUGUGUGGGAUUGGGUGUCCUUACAAUGCCGUAUGUCUCUACGUAUGUUCAGCAUCACCUGCGAUCAUCACGUCUGCCUUUGAAGGGUGCCAUUUCGAAGGAUGGCACUCGGAGACAGUGCGUGAUUGUGCUUGGAGGUGACACAAUUCUUGGCUCUGAGUUCGUGCGUCAUUUCUUGGCGCAUGACCUGAUUGUGCUCGCCUCAGCAUCGACGGAGCAGUCGGUUCGAGAGCUCGAGUCGAAUGUGCCGUCAGAGUCACAAGGAUACAUCCGCCUAUUUCAGCUCAACCCUGUCGCGGCGAGCGAUAAGGAGAUGACCAAAUUCGUGCAUGCUAUUCAUGCUAGCUUGUGUAUGCGAUUCCCAUGGAAUGCGACGGGUGAUCCGUAUGCACGACCAGGGUCUACAGUUGAGCUGGUGGGCAUCGUGAAUGCUUUGUCGUACGUGCCGGAUAUGAUCGACUGGACGUCACAUUCUGGCAACACUGAAUCGCCCUUGGCUGCUCUAGAGCCUAAGGACGUGGACGCUGCUCUUCACAAACAUGUCUCAGCGCCAUUGAGUGUACUAAGCCGCUUGCUGGCGCUUGUGACAACGUCCAAACCGCACAAGCCAUCGAACUUGCCCAUCCUCGUUGUCCACAUCGUUUCCUUGCCAGGUGCUCGCUUUGUGUGGCCUGCUCAUGGUGCGACAGCAAUGAUUGCGCAGGCCGCUCAGACUGGCUUUACGUCGCUCCGUCGCGAAUACACACAGGAAUGGAUGGCUUCCCUCACCUCGACCCAUGUCCCUUGGCAUCAGAAUACAGGAAUGGAGCGCAAAAUCAGCUGGACAACCUUCCAAGUCGGACCUGGGGCCAUGACUUCUUCAGGCGUAUCUCGCUUGCUGCCGAAAGUGACUCGUCUAAUCCUCACACCAGUGCGGUCCCUUUCUCUUUCUUAUACCAUUUUUGGCGGUUCGUUAUGGCAUGCAAUGGUAAUGCGGUGUAUACACGCCGCACUGAGGAUUGUGCCUACAACAUGGCUCGAUGUCAUUAUAUCUGUACACGAACGGUUCUUGGAGCGACACAACACUCGAGCACGCGUCCAACAGGCGCAUGCCAAUCCGCAUCCUUCAAGCCUCCAGCCCGGCGUGACCAUGUAG